AUGCGGCGGGCGGGCAGGCGCGGCAGGCAGGCCCAAGAGGGCAGCCCCAGGGAGAACGGCGUGGGGCAGGAGCCGGGGACGGCCCACGGCAGCCCCACGGGGCGCAUUGAGGGCUUCACCAACGUCAAGGAGCUCUACGCCAAAAUCGCUGAGGUCUUCAGCAUCUCGCCCACCGAGAUCCUCUUCUGCACGCUCAACACGCACAAAGUGGACAUGCAGAAGCUGCUGGGGGGACAGAUCGGCCUGGAGGACUUCAUCUUCGCCCACGUCCGGGGCGAGACGAAGGAGGUGGAGGUGACCAAGACAGAGGAUGCGCUUGGCCUCACCAUCACGGACAACGGGGCCGGCUACGCUUUCAUCAAGAGAAUCAAGGAGGGGAGCAUCAUCAACCGCAUCCAGACGGUGUGCGUGGGCGACAGCAUCGAGGCCAUCAAUGACCACACCAUCGUGGGCUGCCGGCACUACGAGGUGGCCCGGAUGCUGCGGGAGCUGCCCCGGGCUCAGCCCUUCACCCUCCGCCUGGUGCAGCCCAAAAAGGCCUUUGACAUGAUCGGGCAGAGGACGCGGAGCAGCAAGUCCCCGGGCGAGGGCAGAGUGGCCAGUGGGAAGGAAACGCUGCGGCUGCGGGCACAGGGCCUGGCCACACUGGAGGAGGGGCCCAGCCCCUUCGAGGAAGAAGCUGCCCGCCAGGUGGAUGACCUGCUGGAGAGCUACAUGGGCAUCCGCGACAGCGAGCUGGCUUCAACGAUGGUGGAGGCGGCAAAGGAGAGCCCCAGCGCGGCUCAGCUCGCCUGCGGCUUGGACUCGGUGCUGGGCGAGUUUGCCUUCCCCCAGGAGUUCGUGGCCGAGGUGUGGGCGGCUGUCUGCCACCCCAAGGCGCGGCAGGAGUAG